AUGUCUCCAGGCCGUGUGAUCGAGCAUACGGACCAGGACAGUCACUUACAGACCUUGGCCAGGGGAUUCGAUGCUCUCCUGGUGACGGUCCAGAUUCUCAGCUGCAAGGAGCAGGAGCUCCAGCGUCGACUGAAGUAUUCCCACGAAGAGUAUCUGAAGCUAGCGAAUCGACUCCCCGGGGGACCAAGUGAAGAUGAAAAUGCUGUCGCUAACAAGAUCGUCCAUGGUGAUGCGGCUUCCCCCGAAGGACCACAGACCAUCCAGGACAUGGUCCACACGUUGCAACAAUCUGGAAAGGUUGACGACCGUGCCCUCGAAGCCAUCAAGCAAGGGUGGGAAAGCUUCGAGUGGGUGCUGCAACAGGAGGACAGUGACAGUGGCCUGCGCGUCCGGUCCAAUCCAUGUCUCAUUGCUGCCUCAGCAAGGAGAUCUUCAGCUUUAGAGAAGGACUUCACCACCAGUGGCGUCCAGGGUACCCUACGGUGUCCGUUUGCGAAACCAAACGAAAAACCAGUCUCCAUUACUGGAACAUCUAAUCCCUCCAAGGGACCCAACGGUGAUGUGUGUGGAAAUGAUGAAGCCUUAGAUCCAAUAAAACUUGAACGCAGUCAGGAUAAGGUGUCCAGCCCAACUGCGUCGGCAAGGUCAUCUGCGGCUCGAUGCCCUAUAAGAUACCUUGACCAACACUCCCCCGAGGAGGUUGCCCAGUAUUUCGAAAACCAUAAACAUGAGAUACCCAGAAGUCAUGCAGUCUGCAUACGGCGAUAUCAGAGGGAUUCUCAGAGUAUACGACAAUUAGACGCAAAGUACGGUAGCCUGGUCAACAUGAUUCAGGGCCUUGGAGUAAAGCACCAGGUCUUCCUUCCAGGUCAAAGCAGAACCAGCGGGCAGGGCUCCAGCUCGGCCUCGGCGGAGCGCGUUGAACGAUGGGCGGAAGAUGUCAGUUCGAAAUCAGGACGGCCUCCUACCCUCACCCCUGUCGAGGAGGAGAGUCGUGCGGAUGACGACGAUGACAGAACUGGCCGGUUCGAAAGACCACUCCGCGAGGUCAGAGUUGGUGAAUCGCCCAGCAGACCCUGGGGUAUUCCUGUUCCACUAUCGCACCCGACUCCUCCCAGCGCUAUUCAGUCUCCGUCUGCCACGGUUCCAGAACCCAGUGACAAGGGUUUUGGCUCCAAAGGACAGGUCGAAAGUACCCUAGCCAACCCUUCUUUUGCAUCAGCGGCCCCGAAUGGAACGCCAGGGCGGCCCGCGGGUCGUUGUCCAUUCCAUAUCCCCAAGCAAGACGCGGCCGCACCCAGUGAAGGCGCAUCGCGACUGCAGGAGCCGACACUGAAUGAGAAGACUGCGGCUCCUGAAGACCCGGCCACCGGUCCUCAUACCGUCACUCCAGACAUGAUGCGGUCAACCUCUCCGGCUCCGGCGCAGAUGGUCUUUAAUGGCCCAGUCUUCUUCGGUUACUCCGCUGAACAGACUAUUGCGUUGAUGCAGCAGCUGGGCAACCCUGGUGGCUCGAAAUGA